AUGUACCCCUUCAUACGCAAGUACAAGGACGGCAGCAUCGAGCGUUUCCUGCGCAGCCCAUUCGUGCUGGCGCCGCCGGAUCAGGGCAGCAACCGCGGGGUGGCGACGAAGGACGUCGUCGUCGACAAGGCCACUGGCGUCUCUGUGCGCCUGUUCCUCCCGUCCCGUGCCGCCGGGACCGCAGGCAGGAAUCGGCUUCCUCUCGUCCUCUACGUCCAUGGCGGCUCGUUCUGCACGGAGAGCGCUUUCGGCCGUACGUACCACCGCUACGCGACCUCCCUCGCCGCCAGCGCCGGAGCCCUCGUCGUGUCAGUGGAGUACCGUCUAGGUCCGGAGUUCCCCAUACCCGCGGCCUACGACGACGCGUGGGCCGCGCUCCAGUGGGCGGCAUCCUUGUCCGACCCAUGGCUGGCCAGCUACGCCGACCCUACGCGCACGUUCAAGGACGCGUUUGGGUAUGGCAUGGCCAUGAAGUCCUGGGGCACACGCUCCAGUAUGGCACGUAACAGUGCUACUUACCUGAAAACUGGAAGGGUUGGCCCAUCCAAGAAAAUCUCAGUUCGACUGCCGAUGCCUGCUGCGGUUCCGUGGACUUGUGUGAUCAACAACUUUUUCUAG